AUGUCCGGGACAACCGACGGCGCAGAGGGAGCAGUGUCCAAAGUGCAAGUAAAGAGGGAGAUCAAGACCAUCGUGGACAAUUUGGAGACCAUCCUGGGCGACCUCAAGGAUGUAGCGAAGGAGCUCAAAGAGGUCGUCCACGAUAUUGACACCUUGACGUGCGACCUGCAGCUGGAAGAGGACGGCCUGACGGACAGCUCCAAGACGGACACGCUCAACUCCAGCUCCAGUUCCACCGCCACUACAACGACCACCGCGUCCAGCCUGGAGAAGAUGAAGUUCUUCGCCGACGACUGCCUAUUUACACCGCCGACCCCCGUCGCCCCUCUCCUCGCCCUUCCGCCCGCUGUGGUGACCGUACACAAGAAGGCGCACCCACCCUUGCCACCGCCCAGGCUUACCUCGACGAGAGCUGAGGAUCACUGCGGGAAAAACCUGACUCAUCCGACGUUAGUUCUGUCAGGGAAUCUAUCCAAGGCAAAUGGCUCAUCGUUGAAAAAUGGUGGUGUUUUUUCAUUGAAGCCAAACCGGGAUUUAUUCUCCCCGACAUCGUGUUUCAUUACUAAUGAUGGCGGGGUCCCGGAGUCCAGCCUGGUUCCUACACUACCCAGACCUAUGCCCCUUCUCCGUCACGAAAAGAACAAGUGCCUAAAGGCCUCUAGCAGGGAGCCCCGCGAGAGGGACCGCGUCCGUUUCAGUGAGAAAGUCCAGUACCAUGGCUACUGUCCGGACUGUGACCUCCAGUAUGAUGUGGAUGACUCAGAGUUGCAUUUGCAGGCCGAGCUGAACGACAUGCGGCUCAGCCCUGUUCACUAUUGCUCUCCUUCCUCUCCUCCUCCUCUCCCUCUCAAACUCAUGUUGGAGAACGGCGGCAUCUCGGUCAGCCACAGUUUUCCGCCCAAGGCAAGCACUCCCCCUCCUGCGCCUUGCGUACCUCCUCACCCAGGUUCCCUCAAACCUCAGAAAACAAUCCUGCGCAAAUCGACCACAACUACGGUUUGA